CAAAAAAAGAGCAACUCAAGACUGGCAAUGCAAUAGUAGUACGCAUAACAGAGCAGACUGCCAAAAAAAAAAAAAAAAAACAUUGCUAGUCGUGCCAUAUUCGACUCACCCCUUCAUCUCUCUCCCUUUUCAUAUACACAUAAAUGUGCAUGCAUCUUCGUCUCUAUAAAAAAUCAGCCAUUAUUUAACAAGACUAGUGUUAAAUGCUUGCAGUUCCAAAGUUCACUGAAAAUGGGAAGUGACAAAUCAAAAGGAUUAGGACCUAGCUCUAUAGAUAUGUGCAGUCAGGUUGAGUUUAGAGGUUUUAAUGGUAGAAGUUGUGGUGUUGGACUUGAUAAGUAUGAUAUUACCAAAUUGGUGGCUGGUGGUGAGGUCCAUAUUGCUGGUGUUGACAAUUUGAUCUCGCCAAUUAGUGUCAAGAAAGAGGAAUUAUAUGCUCAAGAAAAUCAGCAAACUAGUAUGAGGGAUGGCCUUGAUAAAUUUAAACCAUCACCACUUAAGUCAGAUGAAGGUACUACUACCUUGGAGAUGCUAACUUCCUUAAAAGAAGGAGAAUCAAAUAAUAUAUUUAGCGUUGGAGACCUUGUUUGGGGAAAGGUAAUGUCUCAUCCCUGGUGGCCAGGACAAAUAUACGACGAGAGUCUAAUACCUUCUCCACAAUGCCAUGCCAAGAGAGAUGGUUCAGUUCUUGUCGCCUUUUAUGGUGAUUAUAGUUAUGCAUGGCUUGAUCAUAAUCAAAUUAUCCCUUUUGAACCUCAUUUUGACGAGAAAUCAAACAAGUCAAAAAUUCAAAGUUUCAUCAUGGCAGUUGAAGAAGCUAUUGAUGAGCUGAAAAAGAGAGCAGUACUUGGCUUGACUUGCUUCUGCCAGGGUAAUUUUCAGCCUACAAGAAUUGAAGGACUUUAUAAAGUUGAUGUGAGCGGGUAUACACCUGGGACCAUUUAUUCAUCAAAGCAGAUUAAAAAAUCUAGAGAUGGUUUCCGGCCACAUGUGAUGUUUUCAUUUGUAAAGAAGUUGGCCAUGUCUCCAAGAUCUUUGCAGAAUAUUUAUAGGAUAAUUAACAGUAAAAACGUUACUGCUUACCGAAAAAUGGUUUUUGAAGAGAAUGAUAAGACCUAUGAUCAGGCAUUUGACGAAUUUGAAAAAGGUGAUGAGACCAUAGCAUUUGGAGUGAAAGCCUCAAGAUCGGAGGAUCCUGUAGAAUUUUCGAAAGAAGGAAAUCAAUUUACAGACGGGGGAAAAUCUUUUAAAUAUAAAGGGGAUUGCUCCAAAAAGUCACGUAAAGGAGAAACUAAAAGGAAGAGGAGGAAAGAGUCUCCACCAGAUGACCAGGGUUGUAAAGGCAAGUUCCAAAAGGAUGCCUUCUUUGACCAUCUAGAAACAAAAUCAGGUGAAGAAAUUGUUGGAAUUUAUUGUUGCAAAAGUGAGAAACACAACAAGCUUAAUGACUAUGGAACAGAACUAGGAAAUGCUACUGGUGCAUUUAAGCAUUUGAAGCAAUUUCGAUCAACUUCUUACCAAGAGAGUUAUUGUCCAGAAGAACAUGAGAAGGCUAACCAAAAGCGGACACUCUUGAAAUGCCAAGACAAACAUAUGACUAGGAAAGAAGAGUUGAGGGGCUUGAAGUCCUUGCAUAUGACAAAGAAGUAUGGUGACCACAAAUUUUUGACACCCCAUGGGGAUGAUGUGAACAUCCAGUCAACAUUGUUAGUGCAGUCUGAAAAGAAGUUCACUGAGGAGCCUGAAAGGAAAGCUGAGCCAACAAUGCUGGUAAUAAAGUUCUCUCCUCAAACCAUGCUUCCAACUGCUUCAGAAUUAAAAGCCAAGUUUGCAUGUUUUGGGCCAUUUGAUGAAUCAGCUCUCCAUAUCUCGUGGGGAUCAGCAACUUGUCAAAUUGUAUUUAUGUACAAGUCUAAUGCUCAGGCUGCAUAUGACUAUGCAGUCAAAAGUAAAACCUUGUUCAAUUCUGACGUGAACUACCACUUAACAGACUUUGAUGGUUCAGAAAAGUUGGUGGGAGAAACUUUUGAUGACAUUCAAUCUUUUAAAGAUGAACCACAUCAUAUGUCAUUCCAGGAGUUGCCUUUACAAUCCGAUACUGAGAUGAAGUUAUUAUCCAAGGAAAAUUCAAAAUGCAGGUCUGAUGUAGAGGCAUUUCUCAAAGGUAACACCGAUACUAACUCCAUAGUUUGUGACUAUACAGAGGUUGACACAUCUGUAAAAGUCAAUAUUGGUUCUGAAAACUGUCAAGUGGUCCUUUCUGAAAUCUUGUGUUCUUCAAGUCCUCUUUCUUCUAGUAUUGAGUAUAAGCACAAAGUUGGCAGUCUGGACGAGACUGUUGUGGCCAUUAAUGCGAAAUAUUCCAUGGAUGAGGGAUGGAAGAGUCAUUAUCAACAAAAUCUCAGUGCCAUUAACAGUUCAGAUUUGUCACUUCAGCUGGCUAACCUUUUACACAAGUGCAAUGAAAUUUUGGGUGGAAUUGAAGGGUCACAGGACCAGUUCAGCAGCGAGAGUUAACUCAUGAACGCUGAGAAGAAGAAAUCAGUAUAAAACUUAUGAUCUAAAGCAUCAUAUAUACUUUUGUUUCUGGCUAUCUAGUUCUUAUUUGCCUUUAUCUGUAAGUGAUUUCCCUCAAAAACCUUUUAGUAGAUUAUGCUGAUUUCAGACUUUUAAACUAGGCUUCUUGACAGAAAUUGUAUGAAGAGAAGUUUGUUCUUGCUCUUCUAUGUUUGAAAAUGGAUUAGAGCUGGCUUCUAUAA